AUGGUCCAUCACGGCGAACACCAUGACGGCACGGACGGGCGCACUGUCCCGGGUAACGUCGAGAUCCCGAACGAGAAGGCAGCCGAGGAAGCGCUCAACUCGCCCACAGCCGUUGAGGAUCCCAACUUUGUCACGGCCGUCUUCAACUCGUACAUCCAGAACAAGAAGAAGCAGGGCGAGAACAACGACGAAAUCAGCACAAAGCUCAAUUACAUCCAGCUCCGGUUUCCGCACUUUGACCAUAUUGCCGCUGCUGUUCGCGAGAAUGCUGGGCUGCCCAAGCGGCCCGCGUAG